AUGACUGAAGUGAUUACGGACCAGGCCCCUCCAAUCCUCCUUGGGCCUUCAGACAAGGAGAAGAAAUACGACAGACAGUUGCGGCUAUGGGCAGCUAGUGGACAGCAGGCUUUGGAAGAUGCCCACCUUCUCUUGCUUAAUUUCGGUGCAGGUGCAGUUGGUGUCGAGACAUUGAAGAAUCUGGUCCUUCCAGGUAUCGGAAAGUUCACAAUUGCAGACCUUGCCAAUGUUGGAGAUGCUGAUCUCGGAGUCAACUUCUUCCUCGAUGAAGGGAGCUUAGGAAUGUCGAGGGCAAAGAGCUGUGUCAAGCUCCUCCAGGAGCUCAAUCCAGAUGUUAAAGGAGACUGGUUUCAGCCAAAGAAGGGCGACUGGCCAUUUGACCCCCAUACCAAGUACACCAUAAUCCUAUACACGAAUCCCAUUGAACCUGAAGCCCUCGAAGCUGCCCAGUCGUAUGCCUUGGAGCACAAAGUACCUUUAAUUUCCAUCCAUUCUGCGGGAUUUUAUUCGUACUUUCGAACUUUUUUGCCUGGUAGCUUUCCAAUUGUCGAUACGCACCCAGACUCAACCGCCACUACUGAUCUGAGACUUCUCACACCUUGGGAUGAGCUUUCGAAUUUCGCUGCGGAUCUGACGAAAGAUAUUGAUAGCCAAAGUGCUCAUGAGCAUGGCCAUAUACCAUGGAUUGCAUUGAUUUUGCACUUCCUGGCCAGAUGGAAGGAGGAUCAUGGAUCGCUUCCGUCAACAUACAAAGACAAAACUGCAUUUAGAAAGCUCGUAGCAGAUGCUACUCGGACUGAUAACCCUGAAGGAGGCGAGGAAAACUUCGAAGAGGCAGUUGCAGCAGUUCUAAAGACUGUUUCUGCCCCAACACUGUCAAGUGCUGUCAGGGAAGUGUUCGACCAUAAACCAAACGAGCUAGAAUCUACCUCAAGCUUUUGGAUCAUUGCCGAUGCUAUCAAGCAGUUCCAUCAAAAACAUAACCAACUUCCGUUGCCUGGCUCAGUACCUGACAUGAAGGCCCAAUCCACGGUCUAUGUCAAAUUACAAGGCAUCUAUAAAAGCAAAGCUCGACAAGAUGUUGCUGAAGUCCUCGAGACUGUUCGAGCGCACCCACGUGGGAAAAAUGUUGAUGCGACUGAAGUCGAGAGCUUCUGCAAAAACGCAGCUUUCAUCAAGCUCAUUCAUGGAAGUGACUUGACAACACCCAUCAACCCGGACGUGGCUAGAAAGGAAUUGGAGAGUAACGAAAGCGCCGCCUUGUACAUGAUGCCGCUGUCCCUUGUUCCAAUAUACCUAUGCCUUCAGGCAACAUCUCAUGUGCCUUCUUUGAGUGGCAACGAGAUUCUUGCCACAAUCGACAAGAACAUCCCUGGGGCAUCGUCAAAUCUACGCCUGGCUCGGAUCGCUGCAGAAGUCGCCCGUGCCAAGGGCGGCGAAUUACACAAUAUCUCAGCACUCACUGGUGGUAUGGUAGCCCAGGAAGUGAUCAAGAUCAUUACGAAGCAAUACAUUCCAAUCGAUAACCUCUGUAUUUUCGAUGGUAUCACGAGCAAAGCUCAGGUACUAAGAAUAUGA